AUGUUUUGGCUUUUUCUGUCUUUCGGAUUUUAUGGGAACGUCUUGGCAGAUGAUAAAAUUGUUUGCUAUCACAACAAAUCACUGCCGCCUUAUCAGCCCAACGUCUACCUGUGCGGCUCGACGUCAUCUUGCUGCCACUUCCGGGGCGAGCCCGCCUGUUGCCUCAAUGAUGUGGCUUUUUGGCCAUUCCUCCAACAAGUCAUCCCCUUCCUCGUCUUCUACCUGCUGACCCUGCUGGCCGCCAAGUCUGUGCAGCAGUGGUACUUCAGCGACCAGGACCCAGAUCUCGAGGAUCAGCUCUUCGACUUUAGCGGCCAGAAGGAGCAGGCGAAUACCUUCAUCUUCCCCCAGUUCGGCGAAGAUCACGUGGCGGACCCGAUUUUCGGGGCGGUCUACGAAGAGAAAACACCAAAGUACGCGAUGGCCGCCCAGGACAAGAUUGACUUUGGCUAUUUUGAUGAUGAUGGAGACAUGCAGGUGGAUGACGUCAAGAAGCGGAAA